AUGAGUGAAAAAGGAACUGCGAUCACUUCUAAUAUAAACUUAGAAAAAAACACUGUAAAUGAACCUUUACUUUCACAAGAUUUAUUUGAUUCAGUAUUUGGUAAUUUUGGAAAUACAUCUACUAUUAGUAACAUGGAUUUAAGUCUUAAAAAGAAACCCGAAUCAGUAAAAAGUGUAAAAAAAGAACAAAUUAACUUUGAAUCAAGUGAUACAACCGAUCAAAUUCCAAUAACUUUUUCAUCCAUUUCACUGAAUCUUGAUAUUGGUGAAAAAUCGUAUCAAAAAAAUCAAGAAAAGAAAGAAACAAAAACCGAACGGAGAUCAUUUAGAAAAGACAGAUCUGGUGAUACGGCAAAAUCAGAUUGUGG